CUUAUCCCACAGGUUUUUAAUGACAGCAUUCAUGGGCACAUAGAAGUCCACCCAUUAUGUGUUAAGAUCAUAGAUACUCCACAGUUUCAGAGACUCAGGAAUAUCAAACAACUGGGUGAGCUUCAGCCACAACUAACUGUUAUACAUAGAAUUAAAACAAACUUACUGUUCUUUUUAACACACUGUUUUGUGUAGCCUGCGAACGGCAGACGUUUCUUCUUGCUCAUCACCGCUGAGGGACGUUUCGCGAGGAGGAACAUCUGCGACUCAGCAAACAGAAAUUCCAUACUGAUGACGCAAAAUCUGUCUGGAAUUCGGUCAGAAGCGCUAAUUGGUCGACAGAGUAGUUUCAAUGUUUUAGCUAUUGUUUACGAAUAACAGACAAAAAACAAAAGGCCACAAAGGUCAAAUGUAAACUUGAAUCUCUAACAAAACAGCCAAUAUUUGUGGAAUAUAGUCUUCUCUAGAAGAAGCAUUUGAGUUUUGCUGGAGCUCAUUCGCAGAUGAACACAACACUUCACAAAAUCUACCUGGAGAAACUGUAAAAAUUGAACAAAUUUCCAUUUGAAACCCCAUGACUACCGGAUUUAUUGUGUAAACAUCGAUUUACGUCAUCAGUAUGGAAUUUCUGUCACUGAGUCGCAGAUGUUCCUCCUCGCGAAACGUCCCUCAGCGGCGAUGAGAGAGGAGAAACGUCUGCCAUUCGCAGGUUAUGUUUUGUGCGGCUGACAUUUCGUUAACUUCAUAUGGUAUCUACAGCUUUUGGGCACAUCAAUUACUAUACAUUAGAACAUUUGAGCAUUUACGCUUCUCUGUUCUAAUAAUUAUUAAUUGUAGUGGAACUCAAACAUUCAUCUACAGUUUGUUUUUUUGUACUAAAAUAAAUUCACCUUUGAUAACUUUUUAAGUUUUCCAACUUUUUGCAGGAAAAGUCCCUUUACCACUGUUUCCUUGGCUUGUGAAUAUUUUACAUUGUUAUUAUUAAAUAAUCUUUUCAUCUUUUAAAAUCCGGUAUACAUCUUUAGUAAAUGUGUCUGUAAAUACAAAAAAAAAAUUUUCUUUCAUUUUAUUACGAAGGUGCUUGUUACUAUGUGUUUCCUGGAGCAUCUCACAACAGAUUUGAGCACUGCAUUGGGUAAGAUAAUUUAUGACUCUUGUGACAAUCAUGCUUUUUGCUAUUUCUCUUUCAGUAGUUAAACAAAGUGGGAGGCACUGUUUUUAAAAUAAAUAAGAAAAUGUCUUUAUUUUGUCCCUUAAAAUACAUAACAAACAUUACAGAGAGUGAAAAAUACAAAUCAUAAAAAUCGCACAGAUUAUAAUACAAUUAUCACAUAAAACCUGAUAAAAACAUUGGAUUCUAUAUUGUUAAAUUGCUAAGUUGUAUUUAAACCUUAUUCUAUUAAAGUAACAACGUUCUGUAUUAAUCUGUGGUAAUCUCGGAUGUCUCUUUGACUUUCGGCAAAAGGGUGUAUUAUGGAUGGUUUUUGUCAUGGGCAUCUUUUCAUAAUCUUUAAUCCAAAUAAAUGCAUUCAAUAUUCAUUGCUAUAUAAAUAAUUUUACAUUCAACAGCCAUGUUCAUAUAACAAAAAGUUUCCAGACCUUUCAGUUCAACAGGAAAAUUAAUGGAACGUGACCUUUCAGUUUGAUUGCCUGAGGAAAAAAUCUAAAAGAAAUGAUCGCCUGAAAAUGUAGUCCUCAAGGUUACCAAAGUGACUUAAUAUAAGGCACAUCAGGGAUGUCACUAAAAUUUUAAGUUGUCAGGUAAAUACAACAAGAAGGUGGAGAAUCAAACAGCAAGGGUGUUCUUUUGGUUUUAUUUUUCUUUCUUUUUUCCCUGAAUGGCUACUUCUUUCUUUCUUUUUUGUUCGAGUGUGAAACAUGCAAGUUUUGUACAAAAUCUUGUUAAAUCGCUUUAGAUUUUCAGGGUUUCUCAAUGAAGAAAGUGAAAUUUCAGUUCACAAAGUCUUUGAUCACGUGCUAGCAAUGUGUUCUUGGCAGAUUUGUUAAUUAUCAUUAUUAUUAGUGUAGCAGUUGUUGAACAUGUACGAAGCAAACUUAUUCAUUAUUGACAGCUGGGAAAAAACUAAUAUACCUGGAUAAAGAAAACGUAGAAAUUCAGGCUAAAGCUGUGAUUUUAUUUUGAACCCUGAUGAAGGUUUACUCUCCUUUUCUAAAUAAUAAGUCAUGUUUGCACUGUAUAAUAUACAUGUAGCUGCUUCUAUUAUGACAUUUUAGAACUUGCCACUUGGCUGGAAAACUUGUUAGGAGUCUACAAAAGCGGCAGCCAGAACUGGGAAUCACAGAUGAAGAUGUACUCUGCAUCAAAAUAGCUGGCCUAUGCCAUGAUCUAGGUACAAGUAAAAUACAAGGUAGAUUAGUGACAAAAAAACAGCUUUUCAUUCAAGUUGACAGUUAUGCCUGGAGUGACAUUAGCAAACUAGUUUUAAAAACAAAUCUCAUAUUGGGAUGUUGGAAAGUAUGGGCAUGGGUUGUAUAAAUGUGGUAAGGACAUGAGUGGAGAUACAUGUAAAGAAACUGGAGAUUGAAGAUGUCAUAUUUUUUUGCCUCAAAAAGAAAAAAAGGGGAGGAAUUGAUGUUGUUUAAAAUGAACUGACCAAUGUUGAAACAGAUUGACCAGGUCUGGGUAUGAAUUGACUUUAGAUUCAAUCUGACCCUGAAGAUUUACAUCCUAGAUUUUCUUUCCUUUUUCUUUUUUAUUUGUUGUAGGGCAUGGACCCUUUUCCCACAUGUUUGAUUCUUUAUUCAUACCAUUUGCAAGGCCUGACACUGAUUGGAAGGUAAACAGUCUACACUAAAAAGAAAGUUAUAUAUUACAGAACUAGCAAAUAAUAAUAAUUAUUAUUUAUUAUUAUUAUUAUUAUAACUUUUUAUAAAAUAACCGAGAUAGUACGCGCGAUCUGAUUGGUCAAAAACCUAUAUGGUUUAUUAUACCGGUAAACCCAUAGAAAAAGGCAUCCGGAACAUGAGCCACUAUAACAAAACGGGCUAUUUUGAUCUGCAAUCAUUGAUUUUAGAAAGAAUAGAAAACAGAACAAGUUACUUACCCAGCCCUUCUUAAUAUUAAAAAGUGUUGGUUUCCACAUUUUAUUACAGAGCAUCAGAAUUCGCUACUGCCAUAGCUUUAGAAGUUAUAAAGUACAAAGCUGGAAAACAGUUUACAUUUCACGACGAUGCCAAAUCGCCAAGAAAGACAACAACUGUGUGCAUUUCUGGUGUAGAAAGUCUCUAGGAAAACUUAACAAUGUGCCAACCAGCAACAAAACGGAUAGUUUUAGCAUUCUUGAUUUAUUUUAUGUCAAAAUUAAAUUCCUGAGUGAAAGAAAUUGUUCCGAAAAGAGAUAUCUGAUCAAGUUAUCAUACAAAAUCGGCCGCUGCCACUUGCGCUGGUAAAGUCCAGAAAAUCUUAAACGACUGCAGCUUGUAAAAAGUGAAUGAAGUCCUCCAUUACAACAGCUGCCAGUUUCGUCCGUAGGCACGAAAUGUUUACGGAUCGACUCAACAAAAUACAGCUGCAUACAGUUUGAUGUUCAAUUUUCUACUUCUGUAGUAAACAAACUUCAUUGUACCUUCACAUGAAUAUGUGUUGACUUUUCCUGAAAAACAGCUUUCAUAAGUUUUCAUGUAAAGAGUGCAAAAACUCGUGUUUUGAAGUGCUGCUGUUUGUUGUGUGACUGUACUGAGUUUUGAGACAGUUCGGCGCUUUUAAAUUGUGAGUCAUGAUUGGCUUAUGGUGACUUUAGAGAAAAGACAUGGCUUGAUCACGAUACUAAAACCACAUUUUUUAACUAAAAGGCCCCGUUCUACUAAAAGUUAUUUUAUAAAAGCAAUAGACCCCACUUUCAAUGGGUUUAUCGGCGUGAUAACCUACUUGGGAUGUUGGGAGAACACUCGAAAAGCUCGUAAAUCACUCGCCUUUGGCUCGUGAUUUACAGGCUUUUCUUGUGUUCUCCCAACAUCCCACGUGGGUUAUCACGCCGGUAAACCCAUAGAAAGUGUGGUCUAUUGCUUAAAUGAACCUGUCUUUUGUUCUAGUUUACAAGAAACUAAUUUGAGACACCUACCUAGAAUAGUAAAAAAUGCAAACUAUUGUUGAUAUGACAGUCACUAUCAUACUCUACUAGAGUUUCUGUUCAGUAUUAAUAACUGAAAACCUUAACAUCACAAAGGUUGUAAUAAAUUCUAGAAUUAAGGAGAAAAAAAUAUUCACAAAAUUUAUCUAAAAAACUGUUAGUGUCCUGUCGGUAGACUGUGCUUUCUUAGGCCAGCAUGUGAGCUGAGGCUACAGUGUACAUUUUUGUGGUGUGAACUGGCAUGCGAAGGGAACAUGCCAGUUCACCCCGCAAAAAUGGAGCCUCUACUUGCAGGGUAUUCUUAGGCAGGCUGGCUGUCAUUAAGUACCCAGAAAUCUUUUUUCCUUGCAUAAAUUGAGAGUUGUUUUGAUGGUUUGACAGCUGACCUUUCACUUGCGUGAAGCUUAGUUUUGGACAAUCAUAAUACAAUUGUCAAAGUGUAAGACUCAAGCCAGGAAUGCUGGCCUAAUGGGUAUUAAUUUUCAUUGAAGAGUAUUGGAAAAAAUAGUUAUUGUUAGUUGAAGAAUAAUAAUAUAAAUUUACUUUUUUAUUAAUUCGUUUGUUUAUUUGUUGAUGAAGAGAUAACUGAAAUACCAAAUCAUUUUGGACAACUUUAUGUUCAAUACAAUGUGGUUUUUGCUCUUCACACAGCAUGAGGAUGCCUCUGUCAACAUGUUUGAUCACAUGAUGAAAGUAAAUAACUUGUUACCAAGUUUUAGAGAGUACAAUCUGUCAGAAAAGGAUCUCAUAUUUAUAAAGGAGCUUAUAGCUGGAACAGCCCUGGUGGACACAAGUAACUCCCAGGUAUCUUAAAGUUUAAAGCCUUAUAUGAUAAAAAAAACCUGCAAGUAUCAAAAUAUGCAUUUUGGUAAAAACUGCACAAGUUUUUAUAGGACAAGAGGUUCACUCCUACAUACAGUUUCAUCACCUAUGUAGUUGUAAUGAACAUUUACUGUUUGGUUGCCUCUAAAUAUGUUAUAAUCUGAAGUAAGGACUUCCUUAUCACUCCAUUUAAUAAGAUGAAAUAUAAUAUGAUUAUAACUUUUCAGCCAAAUUUGCUGAAUUUCCACAUUGUCUUUUUUUUGCACUGUUUACACCUAUCAUUGUAAAAGCAAGAGAGGUUAGGCUGUAUUAUUAUUUCCCAUGUAAAUAGUUGUAUAUUUUUGUUUUUGUAGGGGUGGCCAUUUAAAGGACGGGAGCCAGAGAAAAGAUAUUUGUAUGAGGUGGGUUGAAAGGUGACUAUGCAAUAUGUACAUGUAAGGUUGGUAACAGCUCUUUUUGUUAAGCAGACUCCUUGCACCGGCGCCCACAUUCAAACACUGCAUUAUUUGUUAACCUCCAUUGGCCUCAGGAAGGCACUUCUGUUAAAUGAACACCACUUACUGGUCCCAAGUUUGUUCACUUAUGAGCAGUUUGGCUGUAUAUUUUGAAGUACAAAUGUAAUCAUGAUGAAAAAUAAGGAUGGAAAGACUGUUGUGAACUAGGCUUUCGGUGAUGAUAAUAUUACUCUUGACUCAUUAAUCCAUUCAUCCAUGGAUUUUUGCCAAAAAGGCCAUUUAAUGGAACGAAAACUUGGCACUACUGUUUUUCAUAAUCUGUUUGAAAUAAUUAUGAAUCGGAAGCCCAUUCAACCGUUCAUAUCGACCCAUUGCAAAAUAUUUGUAAGCCGACCAUUCUCUGGUUUGUGUUAGCCAUUCAGAAUACUUAAUAACCCAUUCAGCCAUUUUAUGAACGCAUUUGAAUGGGUGAGUAAGACAUUGACCCUUUCAUCUGUUUGUGCAUUUGAUGGACCUGUGUGACUGAUGGUAAUGGAGCCUUUGUGAGAGUGGUUCUCUUUGUCUUUAAGAAAGCUUUCGACCUCAUUGAACACGGGAUAUUGGUCAGGAAGCUAAGCACAUAUGACAUCCAUGACGCUGUAAUCUCUUGGAUCACCAACUUCCUCUCCUUGUGCAAACAGCGAGUUAAGCUUGGCCAUGACUGCCUCUCAGAAUGGGCUGGGGUCCCAGCAGGGGUUCCUCAAGACACAAAAUUGGGGUAAUGGCUGUUUAUCGUUGUGAUCGAAAAGCUCAAUGUUCCUGCUACUGAUCUCUGGAAAUACAUCAACGAUACCACUAUCUCAGAGACGCUAAGCAAGAACCAAGACAGUCAAAUCCAAGCCGCUGUUGACACCCUGGUCAACCAUGCUACUGCAGACAGGUUUCAACUGAAGGAGUCAAAGUGCAAGGAACUGUGCAUAAACAUUUGCACUAAGACAAAUACCAUGUCAUUCGACUCCGUUGUGGUUAACAGCAUGCCUAUUGGUUACCAGUGGCAGUGCCUAUUGGUUACCAUUGCCAAAAUACUAGGCCUCAAUGUCUCAAGUAAUCUGAAAUGGAACUGUCACUCUGACUUCAUUAUCAAGAAAGCUAUAAAGAAAUACUUGUAUAGUUUAUCUCAGCUUAAAUGCUCUUGCUUGGGUAUGGCUGUACCCAUAGGCUAGUUAUGUGCAAAAAGAAGCAGCUUUAAAAUUUUAUCCUAUUAGAAGGAAAAUAUGCCUCCAGUGCAUGUAGCAUGCUAAUUGGCCAAACACUGGCCCAAAAGGAGAGUUUACAUAAAUUACAUAUUUUUUAGUACUAGCUUCCAGUCACCAAAGAUUUAAUACAACCACCCCGUUAAUAUGACCAGAUUUUGUUGGUCCAACUUUGGUCAUACAUGUAUUCAUCAGUUUCCAACUGUUAUUGAAUGAAGAGGUGCUAAACUUGAAUGGUUAGAUGGUUGUCGAUGAAAUUGGAAUUUAUUGCCUUUCAGAUUGUGGCAAACAAAAGAACAGGAAUUGAUGUGGACAAAUUUGAUUAUUUUUCCCGUGACUGCCAUAACCUUGGCAUUAGUAACAGCUUUGAUCACAAGUAAGGAACAUUGAAUGUCUCUUUUGGCUAAACUAGAUAUCUUUGUCUUUUGCUGUUAUUAGAAUCUGAUUUAUUUAAAACUGAUUAACUUCUUAGACAUGCAUGCUGUAUUGAUGUCAGUUCCUCAUAGUACUGUCAAAGCUUUUUGAAUCUGUUGAUUGGAUUGUGCACACAUACACACAUAUAAAAACCUGAUAUAAGUAAUUAUUUAAAAUUGCCACAGAAACUUAACUUUUUUGAAAAUUUGGAAAAAAAAAGUAGGGGUUACUUUUUGGUGUUUUUUUCCAGUUGCUAUACCGGAACAAUGUUUCUCAAACAAUUAAGUUUUUUUACUGGACUAUUUUUGGGUCUACUUAACUGAAGUUUACCAAUAAAUGACAAUGAAACACAUUUUGAUGUUAACAGAGACUUAAACAUUUGAUACCUUUUUAAAUCUGUAGACGCUAUCUCAAAUUUGCUAGAAUCAUUGAUGUCAAAGGCAAUUUGCAAAUUUGUGUCCGUGACAAAGAAGCUGGCAAUAUUUAUGACAUGUUUCACACAAGGAACAGUUUGUUUAGACGGGCCUAUCAACACAAAACUUCAAAUAUCAUUGAAAGAAUGUAAGUGAGAGUGAUUUGAUUGAUUUUAAAUAAUAAUUAUUAUAAUAAUUAAUAAACAGUAAUUAUUAAUCAUAAUUAUAAGAUUGAACAUGUUCAAUAGAAAUGUUCAGGCAGUAUAUGAAGAAAGUUUCUAUUCUGAAUUUGAACAAACAUAUCGAGAAAAAAACACUCUUCCUCGUGUUUGUACAGUCUCCUGCAGUCAGUCUUAAUAACGUUUGCAAAAAUGCAAAAGUUGCCAAAGUUGUUUACUUGUGAUGGCAGAAGGUACUUUUUUAUAGAUUACUGAAUAGUAAACUGCGAGCAGUCUCUUAUUUUUCUUUGCAAAGUUACUGCAAGAGAAACCCAAGCACGCAAGCCGCCAUAAACGAGGGCGUAAGCCCGAGAAGAAAAAAUAAAAAAUCGUUUUUUCUCCUCUGGUCCUAAUCCCUUAUUGUAACAUAACGUCGUGGUUUGCAAUCGCGCUAGCUUUGAACUAGAUGGAUUUUAAGAGAAAAGGCGGACUGCAAGCAGUCUAUGAAGAGAAACUCGAUAAGAGCAUUGUCCUUUCUGGUUGUAGGAUCACUGAAGCUCUGCUGAAGGCUGAUAAGAAAAUCCGCUUUAAAGGAUCAAAUGGGUGAGUAUUUAAGGAGUACUUCGUAUAACCAAGAUUAAAGUUGAAUGAAUUGUCAGUCGAUCAUAAUUGUUUGUUAAAGCCGAUUGAUCGCCUUGCAUGUAGCUAUAAAAUUAGCGUUGCUUUAUCCUGUGUUAUGCGUUUCGACAGGAAAAUGCUUUCAAUCUCUGAAUCAAUUGAUGACAUGGAAGCAUACACAAUGCUGACAGAUCAAGUAUAUUAUCAAAUACUCUGUUCUAGUGACCCUGAACUGCAAGAGGUAAGUCAACAUAUAUGCGGCUUGUAGCACUCACUGAUAUAACUGCUGUAACGUAUAGUUCUCUCCGGUCUUGUGUUUUUUUAACUUCGAAGCACUUGAUUUUGUGUGCUUGCGUCAAUGAAAAAAGUAAGUUGGCCUGGAAAUUCUUUGUCAGGUGCCUAUUUCCACACAUUGUAUAAUAAUAAACAUCUUAAAAAAAGCUCUUUUCUCUCCCCGCAUUUUAUAUAACGGAUUUUUGUUUUGUUUUUUUUCCCGCCUUUUGUCCUUGGUAGUUUUAGUGACCAUACUUUGAGAGUAGAACUGGGACUUCCAUAGUCUUGGUUUGAGUUUCUCUUUAACAACAUUGUUUCGCCAUCGAAAUGUAUGCAGUUGAACCUCUCUACAACGGCCACCUUGGGGACGAAAGAAAACUUUUCCACAACUUUUCUUCUCGACAAUUUGGACAGCCUUGCGAGUAAUAACAGCUACCAGAGCCUAGAAUUUAACAACUCUACAACGGGAUCAGCGCCGCACCAAAGUUUCUCCUCUGCCAUGGGACCACCGCUGCACAGCUCCAGCCCGAUUGCUCGUUCUCCCAAAGAGAAGAGGAGGAAGCUGAAGGUCAUUUCACUGAAUUGUAAUAGCCUGCGAGCAAGCUCUCCUAUUUGGGCAAGCGAAGCGAGCCUCGCGAGAACGCGCGAGCGUGGGGCUGACCUCGCGGCUUCGCCGCUCGCUCGCGCGUUCUCGCGAGACUCGUUUCACUAGCCCAAAUAGGAGAGCUUGCUCGCAGGCUAGAAUUGUAAUGGCAUAAAGAGCCCAACUAAGAAAGCUGAAUUCCAGGCACUCAUCGAUUUGCACAAGCCUGACAUCGUCCUGGGGUGCGAAUCUAAACUGGAUUCCACAAUACCCACUUACUCGGUAUUUCCAAGUACGUACGAUAUAUUUAGGAAGGACAGAACCUUGCACGGCGGUGGAGUUUUUAUUGGCGUUCGCAAUGACAUCAUCGCUACCGAACAAGUCCGCCUCGAUGUGCACAGUUGUGAAAUCAUAACUGUCUCUAUAAAAUUCGCAAAUCCAAGACUCUUCUCCUCUCCAGUUAUUAUCGCCCACCAGCUUUUGAUACUAACGCGUUGGACUUAUUGGACGAUGUCUUGAGCAGGACUUAUAGCCCUAACCCCCCCUUGGUCAUCUUUACUGGUGACUUCAACUGUGGGGGCAAAGAUUGGUCAACUCGAAACCUUACGCCUCAUAUUGCUCAAGCCUGCGACCAAGCUCUCUUAGAUCUUUCAGACAAAUACGGUUUAACAAAGCAUGUGUCUUCGCCGACGCGCCCCGCUUCCGGCCGUACAUAAGACCCCUUCUUUUCCUCCAAUCCUGCUAUCAGUCACUUGCAGCAUCUCUUAUCAUGACGCCACACUAUACCAGAUUGAUAUUUCCCCGAAGUUCACGCUGAAACCGCCCCCGGAAAAUCUAUCAGUUUCACAAGGGCGACUUUGUCGGUUUAAAGGCAAGCUUAACUACUCUUUCUUCCGAUUAUCUAUCUACCCACCCAGAGUGUAACACUGUGGACGAAAACUGGUCCUACAUUCCUCAAAAGAUCUUAGAAGCCACCGACAACCUCGUACCACAUAAAAUGUCUAAGGGAAAGCGUCACCUCCCCUGGGUCAGCUCCUCUGUGAAACGUCUAAUGAACAAACGUAAACGAGCGUACAAGAAGGCUUGUCGUAGCGGCAAAGCCGUUCACCUUACCAAAUACAAGCGACUUCGCAAUAUCACAACCAUGCCUGCGUAUGGCCGUACAAGGGCGAGUCACUAAGAUCAGGUUACCAUCCUCUUCUGUCGACGCCUACAAACACUCUUUCUAUGUGGGAUCAAUCCCUGCGUGGAACGCGUUAUCAGCUGAUGUUGUUAGCUCGGCACCUUACCCAGAUUUUAUCCAAAGAGUGUCCACUACUUUAAUCACAUCGUUUAUUUUCAUACCAUGUAAUUCAAUACCAUGUAAAUGUUUCAUUGUAAUUUCAUACCAUGUAUUUGAGCGACCGCUGGCUGCUCCAUUGCCGGAUUAGCAUAAACACUAUUGGCAAUUACCUUGAUUAAAGUCCAUUGUAGAGAGGUUACCGUUGUGGAGAAAUGGCCGUUUGUGGAGGUUCGACUGUAAAUGGGUACGAGCGGCUAAACUGUUAAAAGUUUUUUUUCUGAGGAGAAUUGCGUACAUUUAAUACACGACCCCACAAGCUCAUGCUUUGAAUUGCUAUCGUGUUAAAUUAUAGGAUUUGAUGAUAACAAAAAGAAAAGGUCUAAAAAAAAACGAUUCAGCUCAGAGAACAGCAGCAGAAGUGUUUAUUUGCUAGUGAAUCCUGCAUGUUGCUUUGUGCUGUUUUUGCACUCGUUACGUCCUUUUAGGCAGCUACUUUCCAAUUAUACACCAAGAUGAACGAACAGACGUUUUCUUUAGUCAUCAUGCCAACGUCUGCACUAACGGUCAUACUAACCUUUUUACAAAUAUAUUUUGAAGGCUCGGUCCAUUUUGGUGCGAAUUCAGAGACGGGACUUGUACAAAUGUAUUGGUCAAGCCAUUCUCAAAAAGCGACGUGAAAAGGUAUUGUAAGACCAAACCGACUCCAAGCUGGUCCUUGAUAGACAUCAAUAAAUGCAAUAAUGCAUGUAAUUGAUUUUUGUAGGAGGAGAUUCCUGAUAUAAAACAAGACAUGGCUGAAUGUAUCGAUGGUGGACCCCAUAUUGAGCCAGAUGAUUUCAUUAUUGAAGUAAGAAAAAUAAUAUAAAACAUUGCUUGAGUUCUAUAGAUACUAUGGUUUUUCUAAAUCCCCUUGUUAGUAUUAUUAUGGAGGAGACAAAAAUUUGAGUUUCAAAAUUACUUUGUGUAAUAAUUCAGCAAGGAAAAUGUGUUUACUCUUUUAUUAUUUUCGUUAGCUUGUCACUUUUGAUUAUGGAAUGCGGGAUAGAAAUCCGAUUGAUGAAGUACGGUUUUAUGGAAAGAACAAUCCAGACAAACCUAUGAUUGUGCGGAAGGAGGAGGUAAUUACUUUA